CCGCCGCAGCCCCAGCUGCCGCCGCUUCCCCCGCUCCCGCGGCCGCUGUCGGAGCGCAUCACCCGCGAGGAGGUGGAGGGCGAGAGCCUGGACCUGUGCCUGCAGCAGCUCUACAAAUAUAACUGCCCUUCCUUUCUGGCUGCUGCGUUAGCCAGAGCCACAUCAGAUGAAGUCCUUCAGAGUGAUCUUUCUGCACAUUAUAUCCCAAAGGAAACAGAUGGCUCAGAAGGUACUGUGGAGAUUGAGACAGUGAAAUUGGCGCGUUCUGUCUUCAGCAAGCUACAUGAGAUUUGUUGCAGCUGGGUGAAAGACUUCCCUCUCCGCAGGAGACCCCAGCUCUAUUAUGAGACCUCAAUCCAUGCCAUCAAAAACAUGCGCAGGAAAAUGGAGGACAAACAUGUCUGCAUUCCUGACUUUAAUAUGCUCUUCAACCUAGAGGACCAGGAAGAACAAGCUUACUUUGCAGUAUUUGACGGCCAUGGGGGAGUGGAUGCUGCCAUUUAUGCCUCCAUUCACCUACACGUUAACUUAGUACGCCAGGAGAUGUUCCCCCAUGAUCCUGCUGAGGCUCUGUGCCGAGCCUUCCGGGUCACUGAUGAGCGGUUUAUACAGAAGGCAGCCAGGGAGAGCUUAAGAUGUGGGACCACAGGAGUGGUGACUUUUAUCAGAGGCAACAUGCUACAUGUGGCCUGGGUGGGCGAUUCCCAGGUUAUGCUUGUGAGAAAGGGCCAAGCUGUUGAACUAAUGAAACCACAUAAACCAGACAGAGAGGAUGAAAAGCAGCGAAUUGAGGCCCUUGGUGGCUGUGUAGUCUGGUUUGGUGCCUGGAGGGUGAAUGGAAGUCUGUCAGUCUCCAGAGCUAUAGGAGAUGCUGAACAUAAGCCAUAUAUUUGUGGGGAUGCAGAUUCUGCCUCUACUGUUUUGGAUGGGACUGAAGACUACCUCAUUCUAGCUUGUGAUGGCUUCUAUGAUACUGUAAACCCCGAUGAGGCAGUGAAAGUUGUGUCUGACCACUUGAAAGAGAAUAAUGGAGACAGCAGCAUGGUUGCCCACAAAUUAGUGGCAUCAGCUCGUGAUGCUGGGUCAAGUGAUAACAUCACUGUCAUUGUGGUAUUCCUGAGGGACAUGAACAAAGCUGUAAAUGUUAGUGAGGAAUCAGAUUGGACAGAGAACUCUUUUCAAGGAGGGCAAGAAGAUGGUGGGGAUGAUAAGGAGAAUCAUGGAGAGUGCAAACGCCCUUGGCCCCAGCACCAGUGCUCAGCACCAGCCGAUCUAGGCUAUGAUGGGCGCGUGGAUUCAUUCACUGAUAGAACUAGCCUGAGCCCAGGGUCCCAAAUCAACGUGCUGGAAGACCCGGGCUACCUAGAUCUUACACAAAUAGAAGCAAGCAAACCUCACAGUGCCCAGUUUUUGCCACCAGUUGAAAUGUUUGGGCCUGGUAUACCAAAGAAAGCAAAUCUUACAAAUGAGCUAAUAAUGGAGGAAAAAUCAGUUCAAUCAUCAUUGCCGGAACAGAAUGGUACAGGAGAGUUUCUGGCUUCUUUUAAUUUGGGUUCAACAGAGCAACAUAUAUACAGAAUGGAGAGCUCAUCUCCUGUCUGUUUUGGGUUGGAAAGAGAACAGUUCAAAUCCCUGGGAAAAAGAGUUUCAAAAUAUCAUUUACACUACCACUCUAAGAGGCAGCAUGGGUUCAGGUUUAAUCCAAAGUUUUAUUCAUUUCUCUCUGCUCAAGAGCCUUCUCACAAAAUAGGCAUUAGCCUGUCCUCACUUAUUCGAAGUGGGAAGAGAAACAGAAUGUUAAGUUCUGUGCCACAGAAGGAAAAUAGUUGGCAAGGGUACAGUGAGAAUAUAAUAAAGAAGGUCAGAAAGAAUAAUAAUACUCCAUACCCAGAUCUUUCCUGGAACUAUAAAAUAUAGUACCUUUUCUUUCAAGUAGGCUAGCUAGCUCUCAAUUAAAAAUACCACUAUCAAAGUAGAAACAAGGUAGACAUUUUUCUAAAGCACAUGUGCUUCAUUAUGAAUCCAUGGAGGCUCGAUUCUUAAAUGUAAAUAGAUCUCUAGGAAACUCAAAUAGUGUUUCGACUUGAAAAAAAGUAUUGGCAGUUUCACUAGCAAAAUUAUACAACUGGUUCCUGUGAUGUGUCUCUACACCUACAUAGAAUCCUCUUGUCCACUACCCCUUCACAUCACUAGUGGAAGUUACUUCAGUCAGGAUAUAGAGGGUUGAAAUCUGCUCUGAUGUGCCUAAUCUAUCUAUGGGAAACCUAAUGCAGAAUUAAAGCUGAGAACUCCACGGGAGUUUGAAGGGUCUCCCCUAACCCCUUGUUUUGGAAGGUGAAAGACUAAAAGCCAUAUGG